AUGGUGAACGUCUGCAGUGCAUGUCAAUCCACGGACAAGGCGCUGUCUCGCUGCUCUCAGUGCAAAUGGACCGCGUAUUGCUCGAAAACGUGCCAACGGGACCACUGGAAGAAUGGCCACCGACUCACGUGUGGAAAGUUGCGAGUGUGUCAACGGUUCCGUGACCUGGAGAUGCGCUGGUGGAAGUCCCGACCGGCGGACGAGCUGCAGGCGUUCGUGGUGCGGUUCGGUCUGCAGCCCGAGUCCAUGAGCUUCUUCGGCGAGGUGCUCUUCCUGCUCUGCAGCCUCAAGCCCUGCGUGUUGCUGUCCAACCUGCCUCCAACGUGGCGCCAGAGUUUCGCGAGCGACGUGACGCCAGCCGAGUACGAGCUCACGGGCGAUCUCGUGCUGGCUAAUACGCUGCAUCCAGAGUUCGCGGCCGCACAACGCACCCUCCGCCUCGCUGCCGUCACACUACACGCGACAGCAGGCGUGCAAGUAGCUACAGUGGACACUACAAGCGCGUCGAGGCUAGUGCAGGAGCAGGAGCUGGCGUGGGCCUUGGACUACCCCGUCGCGUUGAGUGAGUGCAACGAGGAAGCGCCGAUGGUCGAGGUUGGGUAUUUCCUGGAGGAAGGAAAGCAGCGCGUGCUGUUGACGUCGUACUGCGCCAUGGCGGCAGCUCUCCAUACACACCGCGUGCAACAGCACUUCCAGCGGUAUCGAGCUUCCAGCGGAGGACUUCGGCUGGUGUUGCAGACGUCACAGAUCUAG